UGCUCCCCACGCCUCGCGCUCCGCUCCUCUGAUUGGCCUCCCCUCUGUUUCACCCUGCUUUUCCCUUUGCCCGCUUUGCUUCUACUCCUCUCGCUCGCCCGCCUCUCUUUCCUCGUCCCUUCCUUCGCUUCGGAUUCCCUCCCGUCCCCCCCGGCUCUCCCACCCGCGCACCAACCCAAAACCCUAGCCGGCCCGCGCGCCCAUGGCGUCGUCCCCCGCGCGCCCCGCCGCCGCGUCCGUCUCCGGCGCCUUCGGCCUCCCGCCCGACGCCCGCUGCUCCUUCGACCAGACGCGCCGCCGCGCCGAGGAUUCGCAGGACAAGAGGCAGCUGGUGCGGACGUUCGUCAACGUGUACGGCCAGGAGGGCUACCCCAAGGAGGCCGUCAUGGCGGCCGUCGAGGAGUGCAUGAGGAAGCAGGCCGAGGGCCUGCUGCAUUCGCUCGAGGGCAUCGGCGGGAGGCUCUCGCAGCUCGAGCUCUACUGCUACAAGCUCGAGCGCUCCAUCGGGGAGCUGCGCAGCGACGUCAUGGACUAUCACAGCGAGGGCACCGUCAACUUCCGCUGCCUCGACAAGAAUCUCAGACAGGUUCAGAAAGCUGUGCAGAUGCUUCAGGAUAAGCAUGAGCCGCAGCAACUGGCCAAACUUCAAAUAGCGCAUGAAUUCCCUGCUAGAACAAAUGAAGCCACUGCCUUGUCGAUGCUCGCUGCAAGGGAAAAUGUCAAUGAUCAGAGCACACAAUUCGCCAACCCUGAGGUCUCUUUUGUGCCAAUUCACCAAGUUAAUGCGAUGCAGUCUCCUGCUAUGCCGAACCAAAGUAGUGGUGGUUAUAUUCUGCAGCAACUUGUGCCCGUCUCUUUGAGCACACAACAUGAUCAGCAACAUCCGAGCCAAGCUGCGGUGUACUAUAUGCAAAGCCAAAAUCAAGUGAACUGCGCGGACAACAAACCAUCCGAGUCUUUUGUUCAGGUUAUGCAGCCGCAUGUCCAGAACUCUGAAGCCAGGGUUGCAGUUGAGCUACCUCAGAAAUCUAGUCAGCCAACGGAAAUGUACCCUCCAAUGCAGCAUCAUAUGCUACAAAUGCCUGCUCAGCAUCACGAGUCACAGGCAUGGCGAUCACAGCCCCCUGUCGCGCAACAGCAGCACUACAGUGUUCAGCAAGUCCCACCGCAGAUGGUUCAACAGAAAACAUCUUCUCCUCAUGCUCAAAGUACUCCUCAAGUCACACUCAUGUAUCCUCAAUACUCUUCUCAGAAGCCUGCCAAUGCUACCACUGAGCCACUUCCGAGAAGUUUGGUUGGGCAGUCUCCAUACUCUUCACCCCAGCAGAAGCAUCAUGAAGUCAUGCCUUCGUUUUAUGGCCAAGGCAACACAAUUUUGCUUCCCACGGCAGAGCAUAAUAUCCAACAUCAACAGCCACAGCAACUGCAAACACAGAGCCAGGCCUCAUGCCCACCUCAACCAAGCAAGCCCAGCCACUGCAGCGUUGCAUCAUAUGCUGUUCAGGGUAGUGGCCGAGCCUACACUGCCACAUAUAAGAAUCCUGCCGAGAGCCCUGCAACUGUUGUUGCUGUUCUGCCCCAGCAUUCGGCAACAGCUCCUAUGGCGUUUCAUCAUUUGGGGCCACAAAUCUUGCAUAAGAAUCCAUAUGGAAGUAUGUUCGAAACGGCCAGUGUAGUAGGGUAUCCACAUGAUCUAGUUGGGAGUAUGACGCUCCCAGUGGUGACUGCGGACUCCAGUAACAUGGUUGAUAAGCUCAAUGCUGGUAGCAAUGUUACAUCCCCGCGAGACUGGCCUGCAUAGUGCAGAAUGGGCAGUUAUUGGGUACUUCAUUGCUACCACAAAACUUAUUUCCAUGACUAUAGCUGGAAGCUUGUCGGCUCUCACCCGGGUAUUUCAUCUGGCUUCCUUUUUAUUAGCCAGCAGAUUGGUACAGAUCCUUCUACUCUUUUUUCUGCUGAAGGGUCAAUCUGAAAUAAGAAUGAUAGAUUAGUCUAGUGAUGAUGCUGGCGUAUGUCCUCACUUUUAAUGGACAUAUCUUGCUUGUAACCGACAGUUGGCGAUGAACCUGUGCCUUUGCGAUAUGAAUAUAUGACGAGUUUACAUCA